AUGAUGCAAUCGAAUGAAGAAUUCGUGAGAUUUCAUGGUGAAGGUGCUUACGGUUACGUUCAUCUCGUCAGAUACACUAAUCCCGACGGCUCCUCUUUUAGCGCCGCCGUAAAUAACUCUUACUCCGCCGACUACGACAGUCUUCAAAGAGAGUUACAGAUUUUACGCAAGCUCAGAGGAUGUCCAAGAAUAGUUAAAUGUUUCGGAGAUAAUUUGGAACAAGGUCUCAGCUCCUACGGAAACAAAGUCCACAAAUUGCUUCUCGAAUACGCAUUAGGUAGCUUAAACGCUUUCAUGGAGAAUUACAUUUACACCGACAGAAAGUUGCCGGAAUCUAUGAUUAAAGACUUCACACGGAUGAUUCUCCAAGAAGUAGGACAAGUUCCUGAUUACUGGGAAAUCGAUUUCCCGUUUGUUGGGACGCUGAUUUACAUGCCGCCGGAGUCUCUCCGUGACGGCGUCGCAAAGAAAACCCUAGAUUUGUGGUCUGUAGGAUGCAUAGUUUUGGAGAUGCACACAGGUGUGAUUCCAUGGGAAGGUGUUAAACUAGGUGAUCUAACGACUCGCCUCCGUGAUGGUAAAGCUCCAGAGAUGCCACAGAGUUUGCCUUGCGAGGCAAAGGAGUUUAUCGAAACUUGUUUCUCAAGGAAUCACGAAGAGAGAGAGGAAGCGCGUGUGGCCUGUUGCGUCACCGGUUUCUAA